UUCGAAUUAAACACAAUUCGAACGUGAGCGUUACGCGACGUGUUAUUAUUUGUGUAAUUAAUGUUAUUAAACUACAAAAGUACGUAAGAUGUCUACAUCUAGAGAUGUAGAGAAGGGACCACCGGAAGGAGAUGAGAACGAAACGCCGCUACUUCCUCCAAACGAUAACGGUAGAUUGCGACCUAUCAGACCACAAAAAUCACACGUAAAAGACAAUGGAGCUUCAUCACCCUCCCGUCAUCCUGCCUUAAAAAAGCUAAAUUUGGAACCGCCAUCAGUAAUAUCCACACCAGACGACACGCCAGCCCCAGAUACGUGUGAGUGGCCCAAGAAAUGGAGACGAAGUGAUAGGAGGCUAAGGCGGCUCAACACUGAAUUACUGGAAGCGAUCGAGGCUCAUAAAGUAGAAGAAGUCGAAAGGUUGCUGAGAGCUGGAGCGAAUCCAAACGCAACAUGCCGCCUCGAUCUCGUAUCAGCAUGCCACUUAGCGGCCCUAGCGGGUGGCGAUACCCUGGACCUUCUCAUCAAACACGGCGCGGAAAAGAACAGACAGGAUCGACUCGGCCGAACACCGCUACACUUAGCCGCCUACGCGGGAAACGCGAGGCAGAUGGCGAUACUGUUGGAUUUUCCAGAAGAUAUUCAAAGGCGUGUAGACAACGACGAUAUGUCGUCGGAAGCCGAAGAAGAUGUUAAAAAGAUAAGCCAACGUACCAAAGAAAUGGUCAACGUGGGCUGUGACUUAGGCGAUGUGGACAUGAUUCUACCCAAAACUUGGAAAGACAAUAUUGAUCAUAAUUGCAUGGACAUCAAAGGGUCUCUUCCAUUACUACAACCUGGCUGGACGCCUCUCCACGUGGCCGCGUCGUGCGCUCGUAGACACUGCACUAGAUUGCUGUUAGCAGCUGGAGCUAACCCUAAUGUUCUAGACCUCACGGGCCGAACACCUUUAGAUGUAGCAGGUCUAGCUCAUUAUCACGAGAAAAAUAUCAACUCUUCAAAUUUUACAGAGGUUGUAAAAAUGCUCCUUAACGCUGGUAGCCAAUACAACAGCAUGAAGGGUAAUGGCUUAAACGUGGAUACACCCUUACAUAUAGCUGCUGAGCUAGGAAAUCUCGAUUGUAUUAAAGAACUUUUGGAUGCUGGCGUAUCCAUAAAUUGUCUCAACUCAUCUGGCCAAACGCCUUUACAUGUUUGUGUUAAGAAUGAGCUGGAAGAACCAUUACAGAUUUUAGCUAACUAUGCAAAUAAGGAUGUGGAUCCUCUAACAGCGAUGGUAGAUGUUAAAGAUAAGGAUGGGUAUACUGUUUUGCAAGCAGCUGUAAAGGCGGCGUGGGUGCCAGGCGUUUGCAUCGCUUUAGAAUCAGGAGCAGACGUUACAAUGAAGGCAAACGACGGAGAAACUCCCAUACAUUCAGCUGCAACGCUUGGAAAUUUAGACGUUCUUAACGAAAUACUUAGUCUGGCGAAACAGAAAGAUUUUAUUGAUUAUCAAAACGAAGAGGGCGAAACACCGUUAAUCAAAGCAAUAAUAAAUGGACAUUUAAAUUGUGUAGAAGCUAUCCUUAAUGAUGGAGCGUCUAUCAAAUUAACAAUGAAAGGUGAUGUAAACGUAUUACAUAUAGCAGCUGAAUACGGACACAUAGAUAUAUUAAAAUUUUUAAUUGAGUAUGACGAGAAUGCCACGGAUGAAAUGAUCAAUGCUUUAACAACACCCGAUAGAAGAGGAUUUGGUCCAAUCCACUUUUCAGUAUUUAACAACAAUACAGACUGCUUAAGUUAUUUAAUAUCGAAAAAUGCGGAUAUAAGAUUAAGAACAACGUCAAGCCCACACAAAUCAUCAACUCCUUUACAUUUAGCGGCGAUGAAAAAUUAUGAAGAAAUUGCAAAAAUUAUAUUAAACAAUGACAGGACUACUCUUCAUGAAGUUAACAGUAUAGGUUGGUAUCCUUUACAUACUGCUGGUCACCACGGAAGCAGAGAUCUCGUAGCACUUCUUUUGCGAGAAGGAGCUGAUCUAUCAGGAUACACUGAUGGCCCCAAGAAGUACAGAAGAACAGCAAUUGAUAUGAUUAUAAACAAUAUCUCAAAACCAACAACAUUUUUCGAAGACAUUUUCGAUUCAUAUAUAUCUGCGAAUUCGAACAAUUUUCAAGAUUCUAAAUGUGAAGUGACUGUAGACUACAGGAUAUUAAUGCCAACGAUCUGUGAAAUGGAACAAAUGAAAGUUAUAGAAGCUCUCUUAAAAACUGGGAACAGGCACGGCCAGAGAAAACUUCUAGUACAUCCUUUAGUGGAAAGUUUUCUGUAUCUUAAAUGGAAGGCCUUAUUACCAUUUUUCUAUACCAUAAUAGCUGUAUAUUCCCUUUUUGUGAGUUCGCUUACAAUUUUCAUUAUAGGAGUAUUCUUUUACAAAGAUACCAAUGCAAGGCCACCACCGUUUCUUAAUCCGAAUAUAUGGGGAUACAUAGUAUACACCACGAUAGGCUUAAUAAUAAUACAGGAAUUAUUCUACAUGAAUAUAAAGAGCACGAGAUAUUUUUUACAACUUGAAACUUGGAUCAAGUUUUUUUCCAUAGCGUUGUCAGCCAUUCUUCCGCUAACUAUUGCUCUUGUCUCAUUGGCAACAGCUGAGUGGCCUAGACAUGUCGCUACUUGUGCGUUGCUGUUGUCGUGGAUAGAGCUUAUGUUUUUGUUAUCGAGAUUCCCAAAUUGGGGAUACUACGUACUUAUGUUUGGAAAAGUUGCCGCAAAUGUGAUAAAGAUUCUUCUGACUUUUGCCUUUUUAGUUAUUGGAUUCUCACUAAGUUUUAUGAUACAAUUCCAUUCAGAAAUACCAUUCGAUGGUCCUUGGGCUGCCAUAGUCAAAACGAUGGUCAUGAUGACAUCAGAAUUUGAUUAUUCAGCCUUGUUCGACAAAGAACACACCCAAGAACUCGCAACGUCAUUAAUUAUAGUAAGAUUAAUUUUUGUGAUCUUUCUUAUUUUGGCUGCAAUCGUCCUCAUGAAUUUAAUGGUUGGUGUUGCUGUAAACGACAUCAAUGAUUUAGAAAUAUUAGGUAACAUUCGAAGGCUCGCAAAGCAAGUUGAAUUUCUGGGAACAUUAGAUAACUUGGUAUAUAACAAAUUCGUUGGUAAGAUUCUACCAAAUCGUUUAAGUAAAAGUAUUAGAAAUAAAAGAAAAGUUAUGGGCGUUAUGUCGUUUUGUCCGGGAAAACCAAGAUGGCGAAUACAUAAAUCUUUACCAACUCGCAUACGUAAUGCUAUCAUGGACAAAGCCCAGCAACAGAAGAAACAAAUGGAAAUGGAAACUAAUAUGGAAUCAUUCAGAAUGAAAAUUGACGAAAUGUAUGAGGCUAUAACGAAGAAGAAAGAAGAAAAAGUUAAACCAGAAAUUAUUAGGAGAGAAGUUAGAGGAAUGCAAAGACUUAAAUACGACGAAAUAAUGGAUCGCCUUAAUAAUUUAGACGAAGGUGUUACAAAAGUAAAGGGCCAAGUUACAGAAUACAUAGAAGAUACAAAAUGUCCUAUAGAAGAGAUGAAUGUCAAAAUGGACCAAAUAUCUUUAGAAAUUGAAGAUAUUAAACAAUUCUUAAGAAGAUUGGAGGCAAAACUUGGCAGCUUAUAAUUGUUAUUUAAAAUUACAAUAGAAUAUUUU